CCCCAUUCAUUUGCGCCACUUCCAAGGGACGUCCCUUUCGACCUCUCUCUGUCUCUCAUCUCUCUCUCUCUCUAUUAUAUAUAUACACACACACAUUACAUACUCAUUUCGAUCGUCGAUAUAUAUUAGACAUUUUAGAGUGAGAUAUAAAGAAAGAGAAAGGAAGCAUGGACACGCCGGGCUCGGAAACGAGUCGGACGUCGGGUCGGUCGUCGGUGAUCGAAUCGAUAAAGGGACGCGCCAUGGCAGGUUUCCGGAUCCCCAAGGAGGAACUGAGGCGGAAGAUCACCAUGCCCCAGUACCUGCGCCUCGCCAUGCGCGACGCCAUUCAAUCCAAGGACCUCGACGCCGGCGACCGCCACUACGCCUCCAUCGCCUCCGGCGGAGAGGCCGUCCCUCCCCCUGAUUGCCCCCUCGUCGUCUUCAUCAACUCCCGCAGCGGCGGUCGCCACGGCCCCGAGCUCAAGGCCCGCCUUGAGGACUUGAUGGGCCCAGAACAGGUUUUGGACCUUCAACUUGUAAGGCCUGAUGAAUUUGUUGAUUAUGGAUUGGGUUGCCUGGAGAAGUUGACCGAACUUGGGGACUCAUGUGCCAAAGAGACUCGGGAAAAGCUGAGGGUUGUGGUUGCAGGAGGUGAUGGCACCGUGGGGUGGGUCCUAGGAUGCCUUGGAGAGCUUAAGAAACAAGGGCGGCAAACAGUUCCAACAGCAAUUAUUCCUCUUGGUACAGGAAAUGAUUUAUCUAGGAGUUUUGGUUGGGGCGGCACAUUUCCUUUUAACUGGAAAUCAGCAAUCAAAAGAACUCUUGACAGGGCUAGGACAGCUCCAAUAACCCGUCUAGAUAGCUGGAAUGUUUCAAUAUCAAUGCCAAGUGGGGAAAUUAAUGAUGGACCCCAUUGUCUAAAGCGUGUGGACGAGUGUUUGCUUGAUGAGGGACUGGAAAUGGAAGGGGAAUUGCCAGAAACACUGUCAUACUACGAAGGAGUGUUUUAUAAUUACUUCAGCAUAGGAAUGGAUGCACAAGUUGCUUAUGGAUUCCACAACCUAAGGAAUGAAAAGCCUUACCUUGCACAGGGUCCUAUUUCUAACAAGUUGAUCUACUCUGGCUACAGUUGCAAACAAGGUUGGUUCUUCACACCAUGCGUUAGUGAUCCAAGUUUAAGGUUGCUCGAUGGAAGGUGUUGGACUGCUGGAUGUAGAGCCAAUUCAAUUAGCUUGAACCAAGAUAAAAGGCUGCGUCUCAUGUGGGGACUGAAGAACAUUGUAAGAAUGUACGUCAAGAAGCUCAACAGCUCAGAAUGGGAACAAGUUUAUAUACCUUCAAGUGUCAGGUCAAUAGUUGCUCUAAAUCUUAAUAACUAUGCAAGUGGAAGAAAUCCAUGGGGUAAUUUGAAGCCAGAAUAUUUGGAGAAGAGAGGCUUUGUUGAGGCACAUGUUGAUGACGGUCUUCUAGAAAUUUUUGGCCUCAAACAAGGAUGGCAUGCUUCCUUUGUUAUGACUGAACUUAUUUCUGCCAAACACAUUGCUCAGGCUGCAGUUAUACGAUUUGAAUUUAGAGGUGGAGAAUGGAAAGAAGGUUAUUUGCAGAUGGAUGGGGAACCAUGGAAACAACCAAUGCACAGGGACUACUCAACAUAUGUUGAAAUUAAGCAAGUUCCAUUUCAAUCAGUUAUGCUCAAAGGAGAGUAAUUUCAAUAGCUUUCUUCAAUCGACCUCUUAACCCUGGAUCGCUGAAAUUCUUUGUAUAGUGGAAUUCAUGCAAGUCGCAUUCAUCACCUGAUAAGCCUCAAAAGUUAUUUGCAUCAGGAUAUUGUUGUGUCAGGCCCAUUGUUAGUCCAUCCAUUGUAAACAACCAACUCAAAAAGCGGCAUGAUUUCUUGGGAAUCGAUCUUUGUCGAGUGGUUUAUGCCUAGUAUACCUUUCAUGGCUUACUUGCAGGUCCUUAUUAUGUAUGUAGAUAAAUAUGCAUAAGCUGUGCAGCAGUUACUUUUGAAGGAUUCAUUUACCUUGUUCUGAUUAUGCUCAGAUAUUGUGGAUUUCCGUCUAUUCAAACAGGGCUUGCACUGUCUUAUUGACUUCGAUCCAACAUUCACCAUUUUCUUUGAAUUUUCAAAUUUGCAAUGUGGUUCCCAUACUUUCACUUUCUA